GUCGUUGCACCACUGUCAGGAACUGCCAGAGCCCGUCUAACUGCGCAGGAUUUGAAAGAUGGCGGAUGUUCCUAGUAAUGCGCCAGAGCACUGUCCGGGCACAAACAGUGAACAGGCUGGUAAAUCUUCAUCAUGUCAGGGAUGCCCAAACCAGAAUAUAUGUGCGUCCGGUGCCGCUAAAGCCCCUGAUCCUGCCAUAGAGGAAAUCAGACAAAAAAUGACCUCUGUGAAGCACAAAAUUCUAGUUUUGUCUGGCAAAGGGGGUGUUGGGAAGAGCACAUUCAGCGCACAUCUGUCUCAUGCAUUAGCUAGUGAUGACUCCAAAGAGAUAGCACUCCUAGAUGUGGACAUCUGUGGGCCGUCUAUACCAAGAAUAAUGGGCUUAGAUGGGGAGCAGGUUCAUCAGAGUGGCUCAGGCUGGUCCCCAGUGUAUGUUGAGGACAACUUGGCUGUCAUGUCCAUCGGCUUUCUGCUCAGUAGUCCAGAUGAUGCUGUUAUCUGGAGAGGCCCCAAAAAGAAUGGGAUGAUAAAACAGUUCCUGAGGGAUGUAGACUGGGGAGAAGUGGACUAUCUGAUCGUAGACACGCCCCCAGGAACAUCUGAUGAGCACUUGUCCAUUGUGCAGUAUCUCAGCGGCGCUGGCAUCGACGGGGCGGUCAUCAUCACCACCCCGCAGGAAGUGUCUUUGCAGGAUGUGAGAAAAGAGAUCAGAUUCUGUAAAAAGGUCAAAUUGCCAAUCAUAGGUGUGAUUGAAAACAUGAGUGGCUUUGUUUGUCCUAAAUGCAAGAAUACUUCACAGAUAUUUCCUCCGACCACAGGAGGAGCACAGAGAAUGUGUGAAGAACUAAAUCUCCCUCUUUUGGGCAGAGUACCCCUGGACCCACGAAUAGGGAAAAGCUGUGACGAGGGAAAGUCUUUCCUAACUGAAGUUCCAGAAUCUCCUGCAGCAGUGGCCUAUCAGAGCAUAGUCCAGAAAAUUCGAGAUUACUGUUCUUCCCAUUCCGCAUCAGAUGAUCCUUGUUGAAACGGAGAACGUCCAGCCAGAUCUUUAGGCAGCUGGGAUAUCCUAUGAAUUCAGACAGCAGUGUCAUGUGAUUGGCCAGUCACAAAAGAAAAGUUAUGAUUAUCUGCACAAUACUCUGUCACAUUUAAAAAUUAAUUUACAGGAAAAUAUAGCCUUUUAAGACUGGAUAACCAGUUUUUUUCAAAUCACAGAUUUCGAAAAAUAUUUUUUUGUGAAGGGAGAUUUGAAAUAUAGUUUUGUAAUUUCUAAAAUAAUGUAUCUAAAAAAUAAUUCCUGUUUAAAAUGGAUUUAAAAGUAGAGCUCAACGACACAUGUCACACGGAGCUGUACGUGAAUCCAAGUUUGCAAAGUGCAAAUGAUGAAAGUGAAACAGAAAUAUAAUUAUUACUGUAAUUAAAUGGACAUGUUUCAGCAGA